AAAAUAGCACCGUAUGGAAAAUGCGGCUGUGCGAAGGGUUUUUCAGUCAUGUCGACACGAGUUUUAACUUUAACGUUACUGAAAAAGCGACACCUGAUGCAGUGUUUUUGGAGUACAGUCGGUUCUGUACAUCUGAGAUCUAUCGCUUCUGAUAAAAUUCCUUCUCAUGCAGUUGAAGCGUCUCUUUAUGUACACUGGCCCUACUGCCUAAAAAGAUGCUCCUACUGCAACUUUAACAAGUAUAUCCUCCGAAGUGAAAACCACGAUACCAUGACAGAAUGUCUGCAGAAAGAGACAGAGACUUUACUGAAACUCAGUCAGGUGUCCAGGAUUACCUCAGUGUUUUUCGGAGGAGGAACACCCAGUCUGGCUCAGUCCUCCACUAUUGCUGCAGUGUUAGAGACCGUGACCAAAAACAGCAAUCUUUCAGAUCUUGCAGAAGUCACUCUAGAAGUCAAUCCAACACCUGCUGGAAAAGCUCGUCUGAAAGACUUCACCCUGGCAGGAGUGAACCGCUUCUCUAUCGGAGUUCAGUCGUUAAAUGCCGAUCACCUGAGGAUACUAGGUAGGGAUCACAGUGUCCAGCAUGCCCUUCAGACAGUGUCCGAGGCCCGGAAGCUCUGCCCAGGACGUGUGUCAGUGGACAUCAUGUUUGCUCUUCCAGGUCAAAGCGUAUCAUGCUGGCAGAAACAGCUGGAGGAGCUGCUUUAUGUUUGUGAUGAUCACAUUUCUUUGUAUCAGCUGACUCUGGAACGAGGAACCCAGCUUUUUAAACAGGUUGAGAGUGGUAAACUAAGCGUACCUGGAGAUGAAGUCACUGCUGUCAUGUACAAAACAGCUUGCAGAGUCCUGGAGGAGAGUGGCUUCCAUCAAUAUGAGGUGUCCAACUUCGCCAGAAAUAACGCUGUCAGUGAACACAAUAUGGGCUACUGGAGAGGACACCAGUACAUCGGUGUAGGACCAGGAGCUCAUGGUCGUUUUGUGCCGCAUGGAGAUGGAGGAGUUCAGAGAGAAGCACGAACACAGACAUUAGAGCCCGAUGUUUGGAUAAAAGAGGUUCAGAGUCGCGGUCAAGGAACACGCAGGAGAAUAACACUUCACCAUCUCCAGCUGCUAGAGGAGGUUUUGGUCAUGGGUCUACGUAUGAAUGAGGGAAUCACCCAUCAGCACUGGGAGUUAUUCAGCCCAGAAGCAAACCUUCAACAAGUUUUUGGGAAAUCAGCAAAUAUUCAGGAAUUGCAGGGUGGAAGAUUUCUAAUACUUGAUGAUAGGGGUUUGCGGUGCUCCUGGGAAGGAUUAGUGCUGCUGGACAGCAUCUUACCCACAAUACUGCUGGAACUGGAGAUGUUUUUCCACAGCAGGGGAAUCAAAAGGACACAAUAAAGACACUCAUUUAGACAGACUGAUGACACACACAGCAAAUAGCUAAUGAGGUAAAAACAAAACAAAAAAUUCUCCUAUGUAAGGAAUUAUGUACUUUUGAUAAAUGACCAAAUGUUAAA